CAACCUGACUGUUCAGUUGUGCGCAUGCGCUUGACCAAUAAUUUCCUGCAUGUAUUUCUCGCUGAUGUCGCUCCAGCUAUGUGACUUUUUUUUUUCCAUCCCUUUCUUUUGACUUUUUCUUCUCUUAAAUUGUCCCCCGCUGUUCAGUCGACAUGAAAACGAGAUUCGGCACUGUGGACAUCCGGGCAGUUAUUGCCGAAAUCACUGCCAACUACAUCGGCAUGAGAGUCAACAACGUGUAUGACAUCGACAACAAGACGUAUCUCAUCCGUCUGCAGAAGCCGGACAGCAAAGCCGUCCUCCUGAUUGAGUCUGGGACCCGGAUUCACUCCACAGACUUUGAAUGGCCCAAGAACAUGAUGCCUUCAGGGUUCGCAAUGAAAUGUCGUAAGCACCUAAAGACUCGGCGGCUGACCCAGGUUAAGCAGCUCGGCGUUGACAGGAUUGUUGACAUCCAGUUCGGGUCAGACGAGGCGGCCUACCACUUGAUCAUUGAGCUCUAUGACCGGGGUAACAUCAUUCUGGCAGACCACGAGUACACCAUCCUCAACCUGCUGCGGUUUCGGACCGCCGAGGUAGAAGACGUGAAGAUCGCUGUGAGAGAGCGCUACCCUGUGGAGAGUGCUCGCCCCCCUGAACCUCUCAUAAGCUUAGAGAGACUCACAGAAAUCCUCAGCAAAGCCCAGAACGGAGAUCAGGUGAAAAGGGUCCUGAAUCCUCACCUUACAUAUGGAGCCACGCUGAUAGAACACAGCUUGAUGGAGGUGGGUCUACCCACCUCGGUCAAAGUGGACGGCCAAGUUGAAGCUGCAAAAAUCCUUGAAGCGCUGCAGAUUGCAGAAACGUACAUGGAGAGAACGGAGCACUUCACAGGCAAGGGCUACAUCAUUCAGAAGAGUGAGAAGAAACCAAGCUUAAUUCCCGGCAAACCCAGCGAAGAACUGCUCACAUACGAUGAAUUCCACCCCUUCCUCUUUGCCCAGCAUGCAAAGAGUCACUAUCUGGAGUUCGAUACUUUUGACAAGGCGGUGGAUGAGUUCUUCUCCAAGAUGGAGAGUCAGAAGAUCGACAUGAAGGCCCUGCAUCAGGAGAAACAGGCUCUGAAGAAGUUGGAGAAUGUGAAGAAGGACCACGAGCAGAGGCUGGAGGCCUUGCACCAGGCACAGGAGGUGGACAGGGUCAAAGGUGAGCUGGUGGAGAUGAACCUGCCCAUGGUGGAGAGAGCGCUGCAGGUGGUGCGAAGCGCGCUGGCCAAUCAGGUGGACUGGACCGAGAUCGGCAUUCUGGUCAAAGAAGCUCAAGCCGCGGGAGACCCCGUAGCGUGCGCCAUCAAGGAGCUGAAGCUGCAGACCAACCACAUCACCAUGCUUCUAAAGAAUCCGUAUGUUUCUGAGGAGGACCUGCAAGAGGAGGAGAAGAGAGACGUGGUGGAGGAGAAAGGGAAGAAGAACAAAAACAAAGGACAGAACAAGAAGCUGCAAAAGGACAAACCCAUGCUGGUGGAUGUGGACCUCGGCCUGUCGGCUUACGCCAACGCCAAAAAGUACUACGACUGCAAACGCAGUGCUGAAAAGAAAGAACAUAAAACAAUCGAAGCUGCAGGAAAAGCGAUGAAAUCUGCAGAGAAAAAAACACAGAAAACACUCAAAGAGGUGCAGACAGUGACCACCAUCCAGAAGGCCAGAAAAGUCUACUGGUUUGAGAAGUUCUUAUGGUUCAUCAGUUCAGAGAAUUAUCUCGUCAUCGCAGGAAGAGAUCAGCAGCAGAACGAGAUGAUUGUGAAACGCUACCUCCGAGCAGGUGAUAUCUAUGUCCACGCUGACCUCCACGGAGCGACUAGUUGUGUCAUCAAAAACCCCUCAGGUGAGACCAUCCCUCCACGUACCCUGACAGAAGCGGGCACCAUGUCUGUGUGCUAUAGUGCCGCCUGGGACGCCAAGAUCAUCACCAGCGCCUGGUGGGUUCAUCAUCAUCAGGUGUCUAAGACGGCUCCGACCGGAGAGUACUUGACCACUGGGAGUUUCAUGAUCAGAGGAAAGAAAAACUUUCUUCCUCCUUCCUACUUGAUUAUGGGCUUUGGAUUUCUCUUCAAGGUGGACGACGAGAGUGUGUCCAGGCACCGAGGGGAGAGGAAGGUGAAGACUGUGGAGGACGACAUGGAGGAGGUGGCGUCUUCAACCUCUGAGCUGUUAGAGGAGGGAGAGGAGCUCACAGGUGAUGACAGCAGUGACGACGAUCAAGCGGCAGAAGAUGGAGAGAAGGAUAAGAAGAAUAAAAAGACGGGGGCGGGGGGUGAUGGUGCGAGUGGAGAACUGGCCGCUGUUCCCGAGGACGAGGAAAACCUGGAAGCGGAGGAAGACAGCGGAGAGGAAGAGGAGACGAGUGAAGAAUUUAGCUUUCCAGAUACGACCAUCUCCCUCUCGCAUUUACAGCCCAGCAGGAGCGCUCAGAACCCUGGUUUCAAACAGGAAGUGACCACACAGGCUGAGGCAGAAGACUCCCAGGUGAAGAAACACAUGACUGCCAAGCAGAGGAGAGAGGAGAAGAAGAAGAAACAGAAACAGGACGGCUGUGACAUCGAGGAGAAGACCGAGACUUCAGCAGGUGGAUCUGCUGGUGAUCAGGGAUCCAAAGGUGGAGGUGGAGGAGGAGGUGGAGGAGGAGGAGGAGGAGGAGGAGGAGGCCCCUCCCAGCCGCCUCUAAAGAGAGGUCAAAAGAACAAGUUAAAGAAGAUCAAAGAGAAGUACAAAGACCAGGAUGAAGAGGACCGGGAGCUGAUGAUGCAGCUGCUUGGGUCAGCCGGUUCCACCAAGGACGAGAAGGAAAAGGGGAAGAAAGGAAAGAAAGGGAAGGGGAAAGACGAACCCGUAAGGAAACCGGCUCCUCAGAAACAACCGCAGAAACCUCGGCCCGUGGAGACGGCGGUGAAAAAGGCCGAGGCGACGGGAGAAGGGGAGGUGAUGAAUGAGGAGAAACGACCAGGAGAGGAGGGAGAAGCUGCUGAACAGGAGGACAAGGAAGAUGACGUGGACCAGGACAACCCCGGAGCAGAGGAAGCGGAGAACCUGCUCACUUCUCUGACGGGCCAGCCUCAUGCUGAAGACGUGCUGCUGUUUGCUGUGCCCGUCUGCGCUCCAUACACCGCCCUCACCAACUACAAACACAAAGUGAAACUGACCCCUGGAGCCCAGAAGAAAGGCAAAGCCGCACGCACUGCGGUCCUCAGCUUCACAAAAACCAAAGAGACCUCGCCCCGAGAGAAGGACCUGUUCCGCAGUGUCAAGGACACGGAUCUCUCCAGGAACAUGCCGGGCAAAGUGAAAGUGUCCGCUCCAAACCUGCUGGCUGCCAAGAAGAAAUGAGCUGAGCGGAGAGAUGUACAUUCACAGUCUUUCACCAACAAUUCAAAGCUGACGACGUCACUGGAUCAGGAGAGUCCUCCUGUGUGAUUAAGACUCAUUUUUAUUUUCAGAACUGAUCGAGCCACGUCUGUGUAGAAUGAAAAAAAACAACAUGUAAAUAAACAAAUCAGACCAAAACUGAAA